AUGCAAAAUUAAUCACUUGAUGAAGUGUUAAAAUAAAAUUAGGAAUUGAAAGAAUUACUACUUAAAUUAAAUUAAGACAAGUAGAUGUUCGAAAAGAAAGUUUAAAGAAAAACAUAAGAAUUAUAAAAAUUAAAAUAAUCUUAUGAAUUUUUAAGUGAUAGGAUUUUGACUUAAAAACAUAUAUUAGGAAAUGUAGAGGUUGAUUAAGAUUAAUUGUUGUAAUUAAUAGUAGAAUAAUUGAUUACAAUGGUUGGUUAAAAAUAGGAAGGAACAUAAAAUACUCCUUGUUAAAAUGAUAUUUGUAAAGUAAUGUAAGUUUAGCUGCAAUAGAAUUAAGAAUAAUAAAAAUAAGAUUUUUUAUAUUAUUCUAAAAAGAUUAGAUAAAAUGAAGAAUUGUUGUAGGAAAUAAAAUAAAAAUAUGAAAAUUAAAUAAAAGAAUUGAAUGAACAGAAUUAGAUUUUAAAACAUAAAUUAGACUUUUUAAUAGGCAAAACUGUAUAUUAUCAUGAGGCAAUAUUAGAUUUAAAUUAAUAAGUGAGUGAAGUACAUUAUUUGAGAAUUUCUUUAUAAGAGAAUUAAAAGAAAGUGGAAGAGGAUUUGAUGUCUAAGAGUCAAUAAAAAAUAGCUUAAUUGGAAGUUAGAAACAAUUUUCUGAUUGAUUAAGUAAAGAGUAUGGAGUAAGAAUUAGUGAUGGUAGAAAAAUUAGUAACAAAUAUUGAACAGUAAACAAUGCAGACUAAGAAAAGAGGGAAAUGA